AACUAGAAUAGAGAGUGAGAGAGAUUGCGUAGUAAAGUAGAGUUAUAAACACAUUUUUCUUUCCUUUGUAUCAUUAUCCGUUCACUUUAUCAAACAAAACAAAAAAAUGUGUUGCGCCUUCGGUGAUGGUGAUUGCAGACCUUUGGCUUUCUUACUUAGUCUCCCCUUUGCUUUUGUUUCUCUUAUUCUAUCGGUCAUCGGUGUCUUAGUCUGGAUCGUCGGGUUGUUGUUAACGUGCAUAUGUCCAUGCUGUUUAUGCGUAACUGUGUUGGUUGAAAUUGGAAUUGAGCUUAUUAAAGCUCCUUUUCAUGUCAUAGAAUGGUUCAUUUCCAAGAUUCCUUGUUAAGUUAAUUAAUAUUGUACUAUUUUGUAUUUUUGUACUGUACACUACAAUAAUAUAUACUUUGUAGUGUACAACUGUACACUACAAUUAAUGAUACUUAAUCUCAUCAUUCACGAGUUUCUUUUCUGAAAGAUGAGAUUUAGACCA